AAUUAUAACUUUAUACAGAUGUUGUCUUUUACUAUAAUCUUGGUCAUGCUUUGGUUCUCAUUCAGGGUUAAUGCAAAACUUUCUAAAACACCUUAAUUUCCAUCUCUAUUAUGAUUACUGAUACUUCUUGAAAUCUACCCAAAGUGAGCUAAAGAAAGUUUAUGUAUAAAAUUUAACAUGGGGCAUACACGGUGGUUCAUUUUUAUUAGAUGGAACUAGAUAGCUGAUGCCUGUAAAUGGCAAACUGAAUUAACUACCAUAAUGUACCGAUCCCCAUCUACUAUUUUGAAGCUAGAUUAUCUGUAUACUUUAACGUAUUUAGUCUAGCUUCAAAAACUGGAUGAAUCUGGCUCCUCCAAUCCUUUUGGAUAGCAUUUUUUUAAAUGUUAGGAAAAAUGAGUCCAUAUUUAAAAUGAAGAGUUUGUGCACACCUAAAUUUAAGCAAUCGCUUUUAAGUUUAAAAGCUUAAAGGUUACAAAGAGAAUUCCAAACACCCUUCACCUUCUAAUCACCUAUUUAAGCUUGAAAUAUUCAUUCCAACUCUUUUCUUGGUGUAGUAUUUUAUUUUUAGUCUACUUCUUUAUUUCAAUUUGUUUAAAAAUAUUGACACACUAAAACCAAAAGCCACACAUGUGAUUUUUAAAUGUAAGCCAAAAUAACUGGUUGUAAAAAUGCAAAACAGUGAAAAGAAAAACGAAAAAUUAAGUGGUCUCAUUUAAAUCACCCUGAUCUAUAUGUACUUUGACAACGUUUGCAUCUUUUAAUCUCCAAAAUCUUGCUUAAAAUGAGAAAAUGCAAGCCCAGAGUGGUAACGUGUUCAAGGUAGUACCAAAACAUUGAAAUCAGGACUCCAGACGGGAGAAGCCUAGGAAGUGUUUUCCCAUCUCCCAGCGCCGACGUUUUUACAUUGUCUUCUCUGAACACAGAAACAGAGGACAGGUCAUUUUUAAGAGGAGGAAUUUAGACAUCCCUUAGGAGAAAGGUUACAGAUUAGCGAGAAUCUUUCACAAAAUCGAAGAACCAACUCCCAAUCAACAGAAAUCUAGGAGUCCCUACAGCCUGGGGGAGACCUGGCUACGCUGUUAAACAUGUCUGUUCCUUUUCCACUAUUAUACCCCAGUCCUCUGAAAUGAUUCUUUAUAAUUAAAAGCCUAAAUCUGAACAUUCUUGAGUCAACUUGCGGGAUGAUUUCAGGGCAGUUUUGGAAGCCUCUACAAGCCACGCAGCGAAACCCUCCACCACCAACACGUAGAGUGCAGCGAAACCCUCCACCACCAACACGUAGAGUGCAGCGAAACCCUCCACCACCAACACGUAGAGUGCUCCGCCCCAGUAAAUUCGAGGGCGCCAAGAGGCAGCUCUGUCCUCCCUUUUCCACUACCGACUCGUAGUCACUUCCUCACUGCCUGUUUAUCUCCACCUUUAUUUCCACAGCUAUUUCCCCCUUUACCUCUUGAAGCGAUAACCCAACAAGCAUAGGAGACAGGGAGAAAGAGCAGCCAGGUCAGGGGAAAUGAAUGUCUGCGAGGCCACAAUUUCUUCAUGCAGUUUGUCUGGCACUGACGGAGAGAGCCUCGAAGAGAGCCGGGUCCUGCUGCAGGGGAGAGGGGGCCUUGCGUCCAGAGCUCGAUGCGCUGAUUGGUUGGUCAGCCGCGGCCGGGGAAGAACCCGGAUGUUCCUGGGUAGCUGUGUUGGCAAUUGGGGUUCUGAGGUUUGGGCGUUCUAGGCGUGCUGGCAAUUCGAGGCGGAUGGCGCAGGGUUGGGCCGGCUUCUCUGAGGAGGAGCUGAGGCGACUAAAGCAGACUAAAGAUCCAUUUGAACCACAGCGGCGUCUUCUCCCUGUGAAGAAAAGUCGACAACAACUUCAGCGAGAAAAAGCCCUUCAAGAGCAAAGCCAAAAACUUGGACUUCAAGAUGGAUCACCCUCAUUACCUCCAGAGCAGCUGCUUUCUGCACCAAAACAAAGAUUUAAUACUCAAAGAUCAUGUUCUUCUCCCCCCACUCCCCCCACACUCACCUCUCCUAUUGGUGAUGGAAAACCACAGGGUAUUGAAAGUCAACCAAGGGAACUAGGACUUAAGAAUUCCCAUGAAGGUCACAAAAAUGCUGAGGUUCUACCUCCAAAACCAGAUUGCAAAUUGGAAAAAAAGAAAGUGGAAUUGCAAGAAAAAUCUCGUUGGGAAGUCCUCCAACAAGAACAGCGGCUAAUGGAAGAGAAAAAUAAACGUAAGAAAGCUCUUUUGGCUAAAGCUAUUGCAGAAAGAUCUAAAAGAACUCAGGCAGAAACCAUGAAACUAAAGAGGAUCCAGAAGGAGUUACAGGCUUUAGAUGACAUGGUGUCAGCUGACAUUGGAAUCCUCAGGAACCGGAUUGAUCAGGCCAGCCUUGACUAUUCAUAUGCUUGGAAGCGGUUUGACAGGGCUGAAGCAGAGUAUGUUACAGCAAAGCUAGAUCUACAGCGCAAGACUGAGCUUAAAGAGCAACUCACUGAACACCUUUGUACGAUCAUACAGCAAAACGAGCUCCGCAAGGCCAAGAAGUUGGAGGAGUUGAUGCAACAACUAGAUGUGCACGCUGAUGAGGAGACUUUGGAGUUCGAGGUGGAGGUGGAGAGACUGCUGUGUGAACAAGAAGCAGAAGUAGGGAAACAAGUGGUUCAUUUAGAGAGGCCAUUUCAGCCUUCUGGGGAGAGUAUGACCUUAGGGUUUGCUAAAGAGAACAAAAAGCAUCAAGACCAGGCUGCUUCCCCAAAGGUAGAUGAACAGUGUGAAAGCUCCAGUAGCAUUGCCCUUCUUGAUCCAGACCAGCCAAAUCAAGAAGUUGAAACUACUGUAAAAGACAUUUCAGCUGCUCUGACCACAUGAGGUGCCAGUGUUUGUUCUUUACAACUAACAUUCAGUAAACUAAACUUUCUGUUGUAGAUCAUGCCAUGACCUCUGAUAAAUGCCUCUUCAAAGCAGUAUUAAUUUUUAAAUCCAUUAGUUUUAGUAUACCAUUUGAACAUUCUAGAAAAUCUCAGAUUAUGAUAAUUUUUUAUAUGGGGGCAUGGUUCACCUUGAUUUUGAUCCAGUUCCUUCAUUGUACGCUUACUACUGGGUGAAAACAAGUGAUUUAAAAGGAUGGAAGAAAAACUACAUGGUUAAUAGUGUUUUUAGACCAGGUGAAUACUGAAAAGUAAAGUGAAAAAUGAACUCAAUACCUAAUUGAACUCAUUUAACUUCUCCUGGGAGAAAUGUUGAGAAUGAGAGUACUAUUUUAUGUAAUCAGUAAAGAGACAUAAAAGCUAACAUGUGAAAGAGAAAGAAUGAGAAACAACCAACAAAAGUAGUAGGUUGAAUUAUCUAUUUGGAUCUCACUAGAGUUGUAAAACACAACUUGGAAGUUGUAGUUUAUGAAAAGAACCAGAAAACUUAAACCAGCAUCACUUUUGUUUUCAAUUUGCCUUUUAAAUGGCUUUAGUUUACAACCUGAGUUUUGGUUAGUUGAUACACAUGAGCACACAUGCGCGCGCACACACACACACACACACACAGAUAUACACAUACCAUGGUAUAUAAAUAAUUUCACUAUUAAUAUAUUGUCUCUUCUUUAAUUGGCACAUUGAUUAAAUUUACCCUUCUGCAGGCUGAAAGUAAUAUAAAAAAUCGUAUUGCUACUUUGGAUUAUCUAAAAAAGUUGAUAUAUUUCCUUUCUUAAAGUUACCUCUAAGAUAUGUGUUUUAUAUCUUGGAUAUAAAUUAUCCUGCCAUAAAACAUUUAAAUUGUUAAAAUGAUGUUUUUCUUAUUACUUCAGUAGUUUGUUAAUUACUAUCACUAAUACUUGACCACUACAUUGUGCUAUAUGUGAAUGUGUAAAUAAAUAUUGUAGUUUCGUCACAAAAUCUAUGAAUAUCACAUUAAAUUAUGAUCUAUUUAUCAGAAAUUCCAAAAGUACAAAUACUACAUUUUAAGUCUUAAAGAACUAUUAUAAAAGAAGAUAAGGACAAAUGUAACAUUGUAUCCAUAAUAACUUCUGAAAAGUUGGGGACAUACUAUUUUUAAAUGAGUUUGUUUGAGGGUAUUACCUUCUAGUAAUGCAGAUGAACUUUGUAUUUUUAUAUUAUGUAAUUUGAGUUGAAUUUAUAGCUUUCCAUUACUGACUUCUCUAAGCAGAGGCUUUUAUAUAGAUAGUUGUUUUUUUAUUUAUGAAUCACAUACAUAAAAAUGGAAAGCUUCAUUG